AAUUGAAGCAAAACGAGUAAAAUAGUGGCUAUUUUCAGUUGCCACUAAAGAAAAGUAUGAGUGCUCGUAGAUCUACUACAAUUUUAUAGUACGAUCGUAGACCGUCUACAAUUGUACGAGUAUCUCGUAUCGCCUGCAUGCUGUAGUUGUAGCCACAUUACCGUGACCAUCUGAGGGGUUUCUGUUAUAAUUAUUUUAGUAAUAAUUUGAGCUACAGUACAGUACAGACUGUACGUAAGCUACAUCAGGACAGUAGACAGUACAUGCUCCUGAUAGCUCAGAUACCAAUACAGUGUACCAUGGUGUACUGGAGGCAAGAGUGCUCUUGUUGUGAACUAAUUAGUAACUAACUUGGAAGGCAUUCGUCCUUACCUGAAACUGACAACUAUUCACAAAGUCAACACACCCACGUGUUAGGGUAAUGGUUGCCAUUUCCCAUUCUGGUUCCUCCAGUCAACGACGAUGGAGCAGCCUACGACAAUUCCUUCAGUUGGCAGGUGUUGUGUUGCUGUUUGUGACCAUCUUCGCCAAUGUCUGGUUUCUAAUGGACACGGCGGCACAGUUGAAAGAGCACCAGUUGCGACACCACGGCCAUGGGCCGAAAGAAUCUGCCGCUGAUGCGGCACGGCACGACGAUGAGCCACGUGUACCCUCUGCAGCAGAGGUAGCCACUGCACUGCCCUCAGCACUGGCCAUCACCGUCAUCUCCAGCCACUCUAGGUUUUCAGUCAUGGUCAAUGACAAGAUGCUCGUUCAAGCAGUGGGUGGUGAUCAAGAUCGCGGUGUUCACGUGGCUGUUCUCCACCCAUCAACUGGCCGACUCAUGGCUCAUCAAGUCUUUGAUACUUACAUGGACAAGACGUUUGAUGCUCUCGUCUUGUUCAUCAAUUCUGUCACUCCGGGAAGACUGCUCUGUAUUGCUAUCAAGGAUGAGGGAACAUUCAACUUGAAACCGCCAGCUCGUGCAAUACUCAAAGCCCUGGGCAGCAAGGCUGCAGAAAGCCUGGCCUGGCGAGACAUGUGGGCACUGGUGGCAACAAAGCAUGGUAGUUUCCACGGUGAAGAGCACCAUCGCUCGGCCAGCCUGGAUCAAUGGGGUGAUCCCGUUACGCUGAGCGUGUCUGUCAAACCAGUCUCCCUUGUUGCAAGCGUGUGUGACUGGGCCCACACGCCGGAGAGCAAGCGGCGUCAGCAGUUCUGCAGCAAGUAUGAAGGCUAUUUCAGCCUGUGCCACUGCACGGACCCCUCUCCAUUGCUGCUGCAUCCAGAGCCGUUGAAAGGCAAUGCAAUCGUGGACACUCCCGUGGCAGUCAUUGCUGGCAACCGGCCCAAGUAUUUAUUCAGAAUGCUUCGCACGCUGCUGUCCACGUCUGGCUCCGACCCCACAAUGACAACCGUGUUUAUAGACGGAGAGUACGAGGAGCCUGCUGAUGUUGCUCGACUACUUGGUGUGAGAGCUGUGAUGCAUAGUCCUUUGGGUGAGAAGAAUGCCCGCAUAUCUCAGCACUACAAAGCAGCCAUGGCUGGAACUUUCAACCUCUAUCCAUCGGCUGAGUUUGCCAUUCUCAUUGAAGAAGACCUUGAUGUGGCGCCCGACUUCUUUAGUUUCUUUAGCCAGACUGUACCGCUGCUCCGUUCAGACUCCUCACUGUACUGCGUCUCAGCGUGGAAUGAUCAGGGUUACGAGCACACAGCUGAGGACGUGACCAUGCUCUAUCGCGUAGAAACAAUGCCGGGACUAGGCUGGCUGCUCAAGCGCUCCCUCUUCAAGAACGAACUGGAGCCUGCUUGGCCCUCUCCCGACAAGCUGUGGGAUUGGGAUAUGUGGAUGAGAACACCAGGUGUGCGGAAAGGCAGGGAAUGUGUCAUCCCCGACGUGUCUAGGACCUUUCACUUUGGCUCUACCGGUCUCAAUAUGAACCCGUACUUUCAGGAGACUUACUUUGCCAAACACAAAGUCAAUACUAUUGCACAUGCUCGGCUAACUCAAGUGGAAAGGCUAAGUCGUAAUGGUUAUGAGGAACUACUCCAGCUGCUCGUCAAAGCUGGCUCUCUGCUGGAUCACAGCAAGAGUCCUUGCGACCAAGACUUUGUUCCGGAUAUCAAGGACAAGAUCAACAUAAUGUUGAUUCAGAUGAAGUCUGAGAAUGAUUUUGAAACUUGGCUUCAGGUGGCAAAGUGCUUUAAAAUCUGGGACCUUGAUGCUCGGGGCUUCCACAAGGGUUUGUGGCGCCUAUGGAUGAAGUCUAGUCAGCUGAUUGUAAUCGGUCUACCAUACUCGCCAUACUCAAGGUUUCUUCCAACCUUUACUCCAUCUCCAAUCUAUAUGGCCAAGCCAACAACCGCUGCACCGGUAGCUAGCACCAAGCCAGGGUGAGACUUCUCACUUGGCCAAAAGUAAGCUAUUAACGGACAACCGUAACUGGUUCGGGAUUGAAUCCAGCUGAGGUCUUUCACACAUGCUGACUGUCAACUAUAAGAAGACGGAAUCAUCACAACUUUGGUAAGGAAUAAACUGCUUGUGAGAUUAGUGAACUGGGCCGGUGUCACUGAAGAACUACUGGCAGGAUUUACAAAUACCAGUACUCGUAGCAGCAACAAAAAUAACGAGCUCUCUCAUCUGCAUUAUCAUGGAUGCCUGCUCCAUUGACAGCAGCAGCAGCAGCAACAGCAUUAGCAUCAGCAUUUUAUCUACUAUCGCCAAACUUUAGCUGUGCACGUAUAGCGUCGUAAAUUAUGCUUGGUGGCUCUUGCCAUCAUUAUCAUCAUCAUCAUCAUCAUGAGCUGAACACAUGAACUAACAUUAACUUAGCAUUUAGCGGCAGAUGGAAUUCCGUACCGGCUUCUGAAAGGUUCUAGAUGUUGAGCUGUACUGUUUUCUCAAAGGAAUUUGAUAGGGGACUUCAGAGGGAGUAAUAAUGCUUAUGGAACGAUAAGAAUGAAUAACCACGUUAAAAAAAAUUGAAAUUGAAAAUUUGAAAAUGUGCUGAUCAUAUUUUGCCAUUUCAAUCAGAUCAGGCGCUAUUAGUUUAUCAUUGCUGCCAGCAAUAUGUUGCCAUGCUGUCAUCGCAACCGACACCGCCACCGACACCGCCAUUGUUUUCAGAUCUAAGAGGCUGUUAUGCCAUGCUCAGCGAGGACUUUCUGACCAAUUGGAUGUGCAAGUCUA